GAUGUGGCCGCCCCCCCCCCACCCCGGACCCCAUCUCCGCGGAGCCGGAGCCGGAGCUGGAGGGGCUGCUGCAGGGGGGGGAGGGGGAGGGGCUGCAACGCCCCCUCAGCCCCACGCGCCUCCAGCCCCUCCUGCCCCCCGAAGCCCAACGGGACCCCGAGUUCCAGGAGGUGGCCCGGGUCCUGGCCGAGAUGCCGCGACCCCUCAAACGCCGCGGCUCCAUGGAGCAGUGCCCCCCCCCCACCCUGCCCCCCACCCGCACCCGCCAGUACCAGCAGCUCAUCACCCGCCUCCUCCACCGCCCCCCCCGCCGCGACGAACCCCCCCUCCCGGGGGACACCGCCGCCGCCUCGCCCGAGAUGUCACCUCCCGCCCCGGGGGUCCCCGAGAACCCUCAGAGCCCCCCACCUCCGGCCCCCGGCAGCCCCCCGCCCGCCACGGUGAGUACACGAAGUGAGCGUCGCUCGGCCCUGCGCGACCCCUCCUCGCCCCGCAGACGCCCCGGGGCCCGCGUGCGCCUGAACCCCCUGGUGCUGCUGCUGGAUGCGGCCCUGACCGGGGAGCUGGACGUGGUGCAGCAGGCGGUGGCCGAGCUGAACGACCCCAGCCAGCCCAACGACGAGGGCAUCACCGCGCUGCACAACGCCAUCUGCGGCGCCAACUACGCCAUCGUGGACUUCCUCAUCGCCAGCGGCGCCAACGUCAACUCCCCCGACAGCCACGGCUGGACCCCGCUGCACUGCGCGGCCUCGUGCAACGACACGGGGGUGUGCGUGGCCCUCGUGCGCCACGGUGCCGCCAUCUUCGCCACCACCACCAGCGACGGCAGCCUGGCCGUGGAGAAGUGCGACCCCUACCGGCAGGGCUACGCGGACUGCUACAACUACCUCACCGAGGUGGAGCAGAGCAUGGGGGUGCUGAACAGCGGGGUGGUCUACGCGCUGUGGGACUACAGCGCCGAGUUCGGGGACGAGCUGUCCUUCCGUCGAGGGCGAGCCCGUCACCGUGCUGCGCCGGCCAGCCCCAGGAGGAGCUCGACUGGGUGGAGGGGGUCCCUCUACGGCCACGAGGGCUACGUCCCCCGCAACUAUUUUGGGCUCUUCCCCAGGGUGCGGCCACAGCGGAAGAAGGUCUGAGGCUGGGGGGGGGGCCCUGAAGAUGUGGGGGGCCCUGAGCUGGCACUGCCCCUCCCCCCUCCCCAGCCGCUCGGACGUGUGGGUCCCCCUUGCUGGCAAGCCACCUCCUCGGCUGCCCACCCGUCCGCCCCCCGCUUUGUCCGAGCAAGGCACUGGGGUGCCCCCCACCCCACGGUGUCGUGUCCCCUUGUCCCCCCCCUCCCCCCGCCUGGUGACGGUGGGUGUCACCCCACGGUGUUGGCUUUUUUGGGGAGUAAAGAGC